UGUUCUUCGUGUUUUCUUCGGCCACCUUCUUUUUCCUGCUUAAAUCAUUUUCAAGAAAAUUCUCUCUUUGUUUCUUUAUAUAAUUGUUGUGUAAUUUGUUAUAUUAAAUCAAUAGAAUUUUACUUCACAACCAAAACAGAGGGCUCUGUAAUCGUGAAGAUGAUCAAAGCAUUCUCAUCUCUACGCAAAAAUUUGGCUCUACCUCUUCAUUUACAUAUUCGUACGCUACAGACUUUCGCCAAGUACAACGCACAAGCUGCCACGGCCUUGAGAGAAGAGCGUAAGAAACCUAUUUAUCAAAAUGGGGAUGAUGAGUAUGCGGAUUUGGAUUGGGAUAAUCUGGGGUUUGGUCUAACUCCAGCUGAUUACAUGUAUGUCAUGAAAUGCUCAAAAGACGGUGCAUUUACUGAAGGAGAAGUUAGUCCCUAUGGAAAUAUUCAGCUAAGUCCUUCUGCUGGAGUCUUAAACUAUGGACAGGCGAUAUAUGAAGGUACAAAAGCAUACAGGAAAGAAGAUGGGAAGCUUCUUCUUUUUCGCCCGGAUCAAAACGCUAUCCGAAUGAAGCUUGGUGCUGAACGAAUGCUCAUGCCUUCUCCUUCAGUUGAUCAGUUUGUUAAUGCGGUUAAACAAAUCGCUCUCGCCAAUAAACGUUGGGUUCCUCCUACAGGGAAAGGGACUUUGUACAUUAGGCCUCUGUUGAUGGGAAGUGGUCCUAUUCUUGGUUUAGGCCCUGCACCUGAAUAUACAUUCAUUGUCUAUGCAUCUCCAGUUGGUAACUACUUCAAGGAAGGGGUGGCUGCUCUUAACCUCUAUGUUGAGGAAGAGUAUGUCCGUGCAGCUCCUGGUGGAGCUGGAGGGGUCAAGAGCAUCACAAAUUAUGCCCCAGUUUUGAAAGCACUGAGCAGAGCCAAGAGCCUCGGGUUUUCAGACGUUCUUUAUCUUGAUUCUGUCAAGAAGCAGUAUCUAGAGGAGGCUUCUUCUUGCAAUGUCUUUGUUGUGAAGGGUCGAACAAUCUCAACUCCUGAAACUAAUGGAACAAUUCUUGAGGGUAUUACGCGGAAAAGUAUAAUGGAGAUCGCAAGUGAUCAAGGUUAUAAGGUAGUAGAGAGGGCAGUUCAUGUGGAUGAAGUAAUGGAUGCAGAUGAAGUCUUUUGCACCGGAACUGCAGUAGUAGUUGCUCCUGUAGGCACUAUAACAUAUCAGAACAAAAGGGUAGAAUAUAAAACCGGGGAUGAAUCUGUCUGCCUGAAACUGCGUUCCAUCCUUGUCUCUAUCCAAACAGGAUUGAUAGAAGACAACAAGGGAUGGGUCAUGAAUAUCAACUGAGAAACCAAUAUUCAAGGAGAUUACUUUGCAUUUUAAGCUGUGUAUACACAAAAAUGAAAACACUUUUAUGUACAUUUAUAUACGAGACAGAAACAGGCUCUUUUGCCCUUUCUAUUUAGUAA